AAUAAUUUCUCAGGAGAAAAAAAAUAAAAAAGAGCAAAAAAGAAAGGGAAUAUUAUAAACUAGUACAGAGAGAGAGAGAGAGGAAAAUAAAACACUAAAGAGGAGACCAAAUGGUAAACGAAGGGAUACUUUCAGAGUUGAGGAGUUCAUAAAAAUGAAUAAAUGACACAAAGCCCGAAAGGGGAAAGAGAGAGAGAGCGAACUGUGGUUUGGGGACACAAAUUAUCAGUAGUGCACAAAUCCAGAGAAGAUGAAAAGUUGUUGUGUUGUGUUGGUCUGCUAGUUUAAGUACAACCAAAAAAUACCUAAAAAUAAGGAAAAAGCUUUGCAUUGCUUUGUUGCUAGUGCUACUACGAUCAUUAAGAAUCAUCAUCUCUCACCAAUAAUUUUUUCUAAAGUGUAAGCAUGGAGGUGGGGUUGAUGCAGAGACAAUGGGUUGAUUACACGAAGUCUCUAUUCUUGGAGGAUUUCUUGGACAGUCAGUUUAUAGAGCUGCAGAAACUGCAAGAUGAGGGCAAUCCAGAUUUCAUUGUUGAAGUGGUGUCUCUUUUCUUCGAGGAUUCCGAGAGGCUUCUCAAUGAUCUCACAGCAGCGUUUGAUCAACCUGAUGUGGACUUUCAAAAGGUUGACGGCCAUGUUCACCAGCUUAAAGGAAGCAGUUCAAGCAUAGGUGCACAGAGAGUUAAAAAUGUCUGUAUAGCCAUGCGAAGCUUCUGUGAGGAACAGAACAUUGAUGGAUGCCUAAGAUGUCUGCAACAAUUAAAGCAAGAGACCUGCCUCGUGAAAAACAAGCUUGAGAAUUUAUUCAGGAUGGAGCAACAAAUUAUGGCUGCUGGCGGGUCAAUUCCUUCGACAGAAUUGAUAUUCUAAGUUGAACCCAAGAGCUAAGAGAAUACUUCUUAAGAGUCGCAGUUGAUGGGAAUGUAGUUUUUCCAUUUUCUUGGGGGUCCUUGUGAAGUUAUUGUUAUUCUGUUUGAUGAGAUCUGUAUGAAAGUUUUCAAUGUGUGAGGAAGUAUUUUCUAAAACAUGUCACUUUCCUGUGUGACGUCAAUGCUAAAAGAAGGUUGUAUUUAAGAUUCCGAAGGAGUUCCACAUUGUGAACAAGAUUAGGAUUGGUGCGUGUUUAUAAAUAUUUGAGGACUCUUAAUUUUCGAGUUGAUUUUAAAAGUAGAUAAAAGUUUUACCAA